AAAAUAGUCUCAACAGUAAAACAUCGUCUCAGAUCUAUAAAAAUAAUUUUUUUUUAUUUGUGAUAUUUAUUAAAAUUUGUUUAAAUAAAUUUUAAUUACAGUUUUUUUAAUUUAAACAAAUUUAAAAAAAAAAAAAAAAAUGAAUCGAUGGAUUGGAAAAGUGGCCGUAGUGACUGGUGCUUCAUCUGGCAUUGGAUUGGCAACAGCACAAUAUUUAAUGAAAGAAGGAAUGAUUGUCGUUGGAUUAGCCAGAAGAAAAGCGAAAAUGGAGAAUGACAUGAAAUCUUUUAAAGGAAAGGGAAAAUUUUAUGCCUAUGAAUGUGACAUUUCAAGUGAAAUAAAAAUUGCUGAAGCAUUCAAAUGGAUAAGUAGCACUUUGGGAGGAGUUGAUGUGCUUAUAAAUAAUGCUGGACUUAUGACCCCUGCAACAAUUUUUGAUGCGGAUAGGGAUGUAAUGAAUAAAAUAGUUAAUGUGAAUAUUAUGGGAUUAUUAUAUUGCACAGUGGAAGCUGUGAAACUAAUGAAAAAAUCGGGAUCAGAAGGACAUAUAAUUAAUAUAAACAGCAUUCUUGGGCAUAGAGUUUUAAGAACAACUGAUACAUUUUUUAAUGUUUAUCCAGCAACAAAACAUGCAGUCACUGCAUUAACGACAACAAUGGAAAUAGAAUUAUUAGGAACUAAAAUAAGAUGUACGAGCAUCAGUCCUGGUGUGGUUCAAACUGAAAUUUUUGGAGCCAACGCUGAAGAUAAAAGUUUUGCUAAUAAUAUACUUAAUUUACCUGCAUUACAAUCAGAAGAUAUUGCUGAUGCUAUUGUUUAUAUUUUGGGAACAAAUCCUCGUGUUCAAAUAACUGAAUUGACAAUUAAACCUCUCGGUGAAGUGUUUUAAAAUUUAUUAAAAAAAAAAAAUUUUAAUUAUAAAAUUAUGUAUCCAAUGAAUAAUAAUAACAAUAACAAAUAGUGUAACGAUUUAAUAUAAUAAUUAAAAAUAUUAUUAAAGAAGAA